GGCGCGUAUGUUUCCAUCAUGGCGGCGUCAAUUUCGGGUUACACUUUUAGUUCUGUAUGUUAUCACAGCGCCAACAGCAAUUCCGACCAUGAGGGCUUCCUGUUGGGAGAAGUGAGACAGGAGGAGACUUUAAGCAUCAGUGACUCACACAUCAGUAGUUCAGAAUUCCUCAAUGUAAUAGAGGUCCAUAAUCAUAAACCUUGUGCACAACUGUUUAGCUUUUAUGACUAUGCAGGUAAUGUCAAUGAAGAAAAUCUCAACAGAAUCCUCAAGGACAGAAGAAAAAAUGUUAUCGGCUGGUACCGGUUUCGAAGGAACACCCAACAGCAGAUGUCAUUUAGAGAGCAAGUGAUCCACAAGCAGUUGACCCAUAUACUCGGCAUUCCAGAUCUCGUCUUCCUUCUCUUCAGCUUCAUCUCCACAGCCAAUAGUUCCACACAUGCUCUGGAGUAUGUACUCUUCAGACCCAACAGAAGCAGGUAUAAUCAGAGGAUAUCUCUAAGCAUCCCAAACCUGGGAAACACCAGUCAACAGGAAUAUAAAGUCUCUUCAGUGCCCAACACCUCCAAGAACUACGCUAGUGUCAUUAAAGAACAUGGGGCUGAGUUCUUCGAUAAGGAUGGGGUAAUGAAAGACAUUCGAACUAUUUUUCAGGUGUACAGUGCCCUACAAGAAAGGGUGCAGGCAGUCUGUUGGGAAGUUGAUCAAAGUGAACAAGUGAGGGAGAAAAUCCAAGAGGAAGUGAACAAACUCAAAGAGGAAAUCGCUCUCAGGAAACAUAACACCGCUGAAGAAGAGAGAAGACUUCAAGAAGCAACCAACACGGCUGUCACACUUCCAGAUGACUCGGCACUCUCCAACCCAUUACACACUCCACUGACACAAGUUGUACACUCAGAUCCUUCAGUGAAGCCCAGUUUAGAGAGACCUGUAAACUCAUCGUCUCCACCACUUUACAGCACCACACUGCCUCCAGAUUCACCAAGCGCUAUCCUGCUGCCUCGACCCCAAGCCGUGGGCUCACCCGGCCACCCGUCUCCCAGUCUGGGCUUGGGCAACGGAGAUGGCUCGAGCUCAGAUUCUUUGAACCGUCAAGCCACUGGCCAGGAAGACCAGGAUGAGGACGAUGAGGACAGUAGCGAGUACGAAAAUUUAGUAAGCGAUCAAGUGCAGCCACCUUCCGUAACAGAAGCUGUUACAUUGGGACGGCCAGCUACCCUGUGGCCUGAUGGAGAUGCCCACAGCCCACCGGGCUCAUAGUGAUUAAACAGACAUUUUGAGGAGAAGAAAGGGGUAAAUGGGUUUUGGGGCUGAUGUUCAGAAAACAAAGAAGCACUUGCUUUAUGACAAUGCUGUCCUAUUGUACACAUUUAAAGGGAUAGUUCACCCAAAAAUGAAAAUUCUGUCAUGAUUUACUUCCCUUCAUGUUGUUCCAAACUUUCUUUCUUCCAUGGAACAAUAGGUGAGGGCUAAUAUUUUUCCUAACUACUCCUUUUGUGUUUGAUGGAGGAAAGAAAGUAAUUUGGGUUUGGAACAACAUGAGGGUGAGCAAAUAAUGACACAAUUUUCAUUUUUGGGUGAACUGUUCCUUUAAGGAAAAUUGUUAAGAUUUGUGCAGGGGAAUUCAUCAUUUUGAGAUUGCAACGCAGUAGUGAUGGAACAAUAUCCCCAGCCAAAUGGACUGAUGGACCCCUUCUCUGUUUCAUACUUUCUGGUUUUGUUGGGGUUGAGGUACAUCCUGCUCACUGGUUAUCUCUUGGCAUCUGCUACAUACCUGCUGGGAUCAUUCAGUUCUUACACCAUUUACCUCUUGCACUGUUUUGCCUUCUUUUGAUCUGCAUUUGAAUAGAACAGCAAAGGGAAUUUUGUUUUUGCGGCCUUCAAACUCAUCUCUGUGUGAGCUCACUCCAUGACUGCUGUUCAUUUUCUCGCUUCACAAAUAUGACAGACAGGAAAAAAUUGCAGUUCUGAUAAUUUCUUCAGACUGCACCUAUCUGACACUUGAUCUAGAACAGUUCUUGUUCUGGAAAAGUUAUUUUAUUUUUGUUUUUUUCAGUUGUCUUCUUUUGAGUAAUAUAGUGGCCUAAAAAUGAAAACCAACAAAAUGAUCAAUUUGGUCAGUGAUUAUAUAAGUUACUCCUUUGAUAAUUUACGUUUUGAUUUAAACUAAUAAUUUUUUUGUCCUAAUUAAUGAACCGAUAAUUGUAUUCUUUUCUGCUGUGCAUUUUUUACCAUUGAGCUUUAACUGAAGUUACCAGUCACACAGUUUGACUGAGCCAGUCUUGUUUAUGUGGGCAGCCGAUCAGAACUCAAAACUGGAAGAGUUGAUGAUCAAACUGUGGUGUCAUCAAUCUCAGGUUUCUUUUACAGUACCAGGACUGUUUCUUUCUCUCCAUCUUAUCCUCAUGCAUUUGUUCCUUAGUUCACAAGAAAUGUUGUUUUGUUUUUCGUUUUUCAAACCAAUGCAGUGGUGGUUCAGUUUAGCGCUCUGUGAUAAUUUGAAGUAAAGAUUUCAGCCGUAUGCAGCAGAUGAAUAACUUUAAAGGUAGAUUAAGGUGACAAAGUAGCAGUUUUGCCGUCUGUUGGAUGUUUCAUAAUAUCUGAUUCAAUUCAAAUGAAGCUGUUUCCCCGUUUAGUUAAUUGUGGAUGAAUCUCACAAAAUAGUCAUAGUCAUAUUUUACUAACAAAUCACAAGAAAACAAUUAUGUUUUGCACAAAGAAAAUAAAGCCUAUUUUAAGGACCACUGACAUUUACCAUUAAAGGAAUGUUCUGGGUUCAAUAUAAGUUAAGCUCAGUCGACAGCAUUUGUGGCAUAAUAUUGAUUACCACAAAAAUUUAUUUUGACUCGUUCCUCCUUUUCUUUAAAAAAUAAUAAAUCUGGGUUACAGUGAGGCACUUACAAUGGAAGUCAAUGGGGCCAAUCCAUAAACAUUGAAAUAGUUACUGGUUUAAAAGUAAAGCCACAAGACAUCAACAGUAUGCAUGUCAACAUGAUUUUAGUGUGAUUAAAUCGCUUAACAACCUUUUUUGAGUAAAAAUUACAGCCAGUUUUACAACUUCGUUGCCAUGACGAUGUAAUGUCAACAAACCCAAAACUAAAAUGACUGGAAAAAGUAUGAUUUAAAUAACUUUACAACUCAAAUAAAACACAAGUUUUAACAGAAGAAUUCAUGUAAGUGCUUUUAUAAUAUUAUAAGCUUCAUAUUUCUGCCUUUAAACACUCCAAAUAUUGGCCCCAUUGACUUCCAUUGUAAGUCCCUCACUGUAACCUCCAUUUUUGCUUUUUUUUUUUUUUUUAAAGAACAGGAGGAACGAGUCGAAAUGUUUUUUUUUUUUUUUGUGGUAAUCAACAUUAUUCAACAAAUGUUGUCGACUGAGCUUAACUUGUACUGAACCCGGAAUAUUCCUUUAAGAACCCCUUGUAAAUUCACAUUUCAGUAAUGCAUCUGAUUGUUUAACUUUUUUUUUUUUUACAUUAUGCUUAAUGAUUCUGAUUAUAAAUACUUUAUAAUAAUAAAAAAUAUCACAUUACAGUAGUUUGAAUUUUGUGGGGGAAAUAUGCUUAAUAAAUAAAUAAAUAAAUAGGUUUCAAAUAUAAUUUCAUAUUUUUCCUUCAGAUUUUUGGGUGAAAUAUGACCUUGAAAUAUUUUUGGCAGGUUUUGUGAGAUUCAUUCAUGUACUCCAUUGUGCGUUAUUUGGGCAAGAAACUUGAAUCAGAUUAACGAACUGUCUGGAUUUUUUUUUUUUUUUUUUACCCAAAGAAUCCAAAAUUCUUAAUUCUAAAUCUAAUCUCAGGAUCUGACACACUGACAUUUAUUUUGGCAGAGGCCGAGAAUGUCUCAUUUUUUGUUCAGUAUGUUUCUCCAGUUCUGGGUUUGACAGAAAAAAAAAAAAACAGUUUGUUCCCUGGCAUGAGUGUCAGUGUGAGUGCACUGACAGAAAUGUUUUAGCUGUAUCAUGUUGCAUUGACUGCUUUAAAUGUUUAGUCAUAGUUUUAGGCCUCAUACAGCAUCUUCACAUGUAAGGCUGAAAGCCAACACCACCCAUGCUUUCAACAAGAAUCUGAAAGUUUCACUGAAAAUAUUAAACUGAACGAUGACAGUGCGGUGGAAAAAUGCCACAUGUUUGGUCAGCUGGCAGCCAGUCCCUUAGAGCUUUAAAAAUGUGAUUUUACCAUACACACAACACUUUGCUUAUGAGAACAUUUCGGAUAAUCCUAUAACUGCCACUUUAAAAUGUAAUAAUAAUAUACGGUAUAAAUAUAUUCACAUGUGUUGACCUUUUGUUUUUGUUUUUCCAACAAAUAUUUACUAUUUAUGAGCAAUCAGAAUCAUGUUGUCUCAAUUCGCAAAAACCCCUUGAGACUCCUAAAGGAUCCUAUGGAAUCAUAUCAAAAACUAUUACUGUGGGCCUAAAUUCCUUCUGAUGUUCUAUGGGGACAUAAUUCUAUUGGGAACCUCAUAGUCCUUUUUGGAGCCGAGUUCUUUAAAAGAUCUAGUUGUUUUGUUUUAGGUUGGAAUUAAGAUAAUCACAAUAGGAUGCUUUAGGUUUGGAUCCAAAUUACAGAUAAAACAACUCUGUUAAUUCAGUGACGAUGCUAAGAUUGCUGCCAUAUUGCCUUUUGCCCUCUCCCUGCAGAUGCUUUCAAAUCUGAUAUUGAAAUAAAUCUAAAUGUGGCAAUGUGCCAUUUUAAAGGGGAAAUUACAAUGAUGUGACUGUUAUUUUUAUUGUCAGUUUAGUCAGCUGUGGGUCAGACAUGUCUGUUUCCCUGAAAACCAGCAGCUGUGAGUGAUUAACAUUGUUCCCAUCAGAACUGGAGUGAAGUCCCUCAGUGCAUGUCAUGUUUAACAAGUGCAAUGUGUGGUUGGCAGGCUGUUGCAUUAGUGCAACAAGCACCUGCAAGCAUCCACCGUUCCCAUCUACUUCUGUCAUAAAUAUGCCACCAUGUUUACAAAUAUAAAGCAAAUUUCCAAUUCCAGUAGCAGUGUUUUAGCAAGCACAGGUUGUAUUUAUAAUAUCCUUUGGUGUCAUAAAGGCCAAAUUCAUUAUUGGAAUAUAAUAAAAUAUUUGGUAAAGAGGGCAAAAUACUUUCCUUAUCUGUUCAAUUACUAGGCCAAUUUUUAUUUUGCAUUCUCUUAAAGGGAUAGCUCAUCCAACAAUGAAAGUUCUCUCAUCAUUUAUUCACCCUCCUGCCAUCCAAGAUGUGUAUGACUUUCUUCUGCUGAACACAAAGACUUUUAGAAGGAUAUUUAAGCUCUGUAGGUCCAAACAAUGCAAGUGAAUGGUGACCAAAACUUUGAAGCUCUUUGAAUGGGGGCGUGUGGUUUGGGUGCCGGAAUGUUGUUUUGGACCAUGUGCGACACGGACAGGUUAAGCCGUUGUGCACCGUCUCUAGGACGCGAGCGGGGUCUGACUUGGGGUGGCAUAGCUCAUUUUGACGGUGGCAGCUGCCACCUCGUGCCACCCAUCUGGCCCCGCCCCUGCUACUCAAGUCUUAUGGAUUACUUUUAUGCUGCCUUUAUGUCCUUUUGGAGCUUUAAAGUUUUGGACACCAUUCACUGAACCUACAGAGCUGAAAUAUUCUUCUAAAAAUCUUUGUUUGUGUUCUGCAGAAGAAAGUCACACAUUUGGGAUGGCAUGAGGUUGAGGAAAUAAUGAGAGAAUUUAAAUUUUUGGGUGAACUAUCCCUUUAAGUCUUACGUUUAAAGGGUUCGUUCAUGCAAAAAUGACAUUUCUGUCAUCGUUUACUCAGCCUCAUGUUGUUCCAAACCUGUUCAACUCUUUCGUCCAUGGAAAACAAAACGAGAUGUUGACAGCUGCAGUCACUUUUAGUGGUCUGCAACCUGACCCUGGCCCGACGGUACCCUAGAAACCGCCGGGUUUUCGGGCCGGGUUCGAGUCAUUUUUUCAUGUAUGACUUCGGGUCGGGUUGGGGUUUGUACAUAAUGAAAAAAUAGACAGGCCUACCUUGUUUCCCACACCCUCUCUUACUCACAGACACCCGCAAAAGGACGAGUGGGGGCCAUUCACACUGAACAUGUUUUUCCAUUGUUUUCUUAUGUAAGCGUGCUGGAUGGAUAUCUUUGACUGUUGCACUACGUCUUGCCGUUUCUUCAGCAUCUCACGCUGGCACAUAAAAGAAUUUCAAGUUUCAAAAACGCAUGUCGAGGCACCUGUGUUCUGUUUCGUUCAUUGUGCUUCACCUAGCUUGUUUUUAGCACAGGUGUGACAAAGAUUCAAUGUUCUGAAUACUGUUAGUAAUGUUGCCUAUGAUGCUUAGUUAAAAUACAGCCUAUUGCAACAAUGCUUGAUGGGAGAAGAAAGUAUGAAGAUAGUGAGCAAUGUUGGGUUUGAGCUCAAAAUCUGACAGUACCGUUCGGGUUAGGUAGAGUUGGGUCACACGGUCUUGGGUCCGGUUUCAUUGCAAGGCCCAUGCAGACCUUUACUCACCAUUCACUUUCAUUGCAUCUUUUUUCUAUACAAUGAAAGUGAAUAGUGACUGAGGCUGUCAGUCCCAAACAUUCUGCUUAACAUCUAAAAUAUUUUUCGUGAAAAAAUAAAGUCGUAUGUGUUUGGAGCAACUUGAGGGUGAGUAAAAGAUGACAAACUAUCCCUUUAACUAGCUGUCACAGGUCAAGAGGGCUAUGAAACAGUUAUACUCAAAGCCAGUUUUUAACAUAUGAAUGUUUCACAAGAGUUCCACUCCUAGCCAAGAAUAACAGCAUGAUUUGUUACUCUGCACACAGACAAAGUGAGUAGAGAGAUCAAAUUUAUGAGGCUAGAAAGAGCACAAUCCCCCUUUUCACCGAAUGUGGCCAUGUCAAAUUCUCACAUAUGAAGAUGGAACAAUGACUUUCUUUCAAAGAAAUGUUGAAAAAUUGUGAUUUUGGUCUUUUGGUCAUCUUCAAGCUUACACAUAAUUUAGUGCAUUCAGAAAGUAUUCAGACCCCUUCAUUUUUUUCACAUUUUGUUAUGUUGCAGCCUUAUGCUAAAAUGCUUUAAAUUAUUAUUUUUUCAGAUCAAUCUACACUCAAUACCCCAUAAUGACAAAGAAAAAAACAGAUUUUUGAUAACUGCAAAUUUAUUAAAUUGAAAGCAUUUUAGCAAAAGGCUGCAACAUAAAAUGUGAAAAAAAAUGAAGGGGUCUGAAUACUUUCUGAAUGCACUGUAUCUGUGCUUGGGGCUAUUAAUGAGGAUUUAAGAAUCUCUGUUGCAAAAACAUGAACAUGUAGGGAUUGUGCCUAAGAAUAUGAAAAAGUAGACUAAUAAAAGUUCACAGGUGGUGUUGGUUUUGUCUGUGUAGUUGAUACUUAGGGAGUUCAAAUGACAUGUCCCGCAGUGUGAUUUGCUACACUUAAAAUUAUUUUACAGCAUCUUUUUAAAAUUCAUUUUUAAUGACAUCAUAUUAAUUGAGACUAAACAUUCAUGUUACACUGCAGAACUACUAAAGGUGGACUUUUUAAAGGUGCAGCAUCAUUUUAAAACAGAAUUAACAUUAUUAAUAUUAUAGUUUAGCAAUUAGACAAAAAAAAAAAAAAAAAAAUCAUAUACACAUUAAUAUACAUUUUAAACAGAAUUCUCGAAACAAUUUCAUGUCCAUGCUAUUUGUCAACUAUCCAUGUUGGUCUGAUGGUGGUGCACUUCAUACACAGAUAUGCAGUGCUGCUCUGCAUACAAACAUCAUU